AUGAGGGCUGGCAGGUCAACAGUGCUAACGGCUCCACUUUUGUACAAUAGCAGUUGCUGGCAUCCACGUAUCUACACCAACGGUCUAUUAUUUCGCAUAACCGUAUCGGGUAUUACAGAGAGUGCAUUCGUCUCGUUGCUCACAGUGGCCAUACUCGUCGCUAAUCUUAUGGUAAUAGUCACGAUCAACAGCGAAAGAUAUACGAAGUUUAUACACCCACAGCCUCGGUACUUGGUGACAUCUCUCGCUUGCAAUGACUUGGCCAUUGGACUGCUAGUUACACCGUUAGCUGCUUUUUCGGCUCUAGUCCAUUGCUGGCCAUACUCGGAAAUCGUAUGUCAAAUUCAAGCUCUUUUAAGGGCAGCAUUGCCGCAACAGAAUGCUAUGAUAUUAGUGUUCAUGGCAGUCGACAGAUACACUUGUAUGCUGCACCCAGAUAAAUAUCACAAACAUUCGAGUAAAAAAGGCUGCAUGUUGGUGUUGAGUUUGACUCUAGUGGGUUCGUUAACCGCCUUCGGCGCGGCUGUGAUCCGCCGAGGUGGAUAUUUCUAUAACGGCAAUGGACUAAUGGCGUGCGAGCCAUUUUACCAAAGGCCGAGUUUGAGAAUAUUGGCCGCCUGCCUGUUUUACUUCCCCACGACAAUGGCACUCAUGUAUUUCUACGGGUCAGCAUUGCACGUGGACAGGCUCCGGCACAGGCAACAAAUCAACAUAUGCGCCGUUCUAGUGCAACCGAUGUUGCCCAAUAAUGCUGGAAAGACCACUCUCAAUGAAGCAUCCGAUCGAUUAGCAUCGAAAGAACUGAGACAAAGCAUUCGAACUACCAGGGCUAUGGGAGCAGUAGCAUUAGGUUUUAUUGUAGCCGUAACUCCUUGGACAAUUCAAGAAGUCGUCACUGCGUGUACAGGCACAAAAAUGCCACCGGCUGUAGAUUUUAUAAUCACGUGGAUAGCAUUAAGCAAUAGCUUUUGGAAUCCGUUUAUAUAUUGGGCUUUGAACCGAAAGUUUAGACGUAUCAGCCGUAGCAUUAUCAAAACCAAAAUUUUUCGCCGUAAAAAAUAUAACUCUAGCGUGAUAUCGUCGUCUUGCAAUGUUGGACAUCAGGAAAGUUGUUGCGCCAAUAGAGACAUGUGUUUUGCGGCCCUCCAGAAAGACAACGAGGAUAUUAUUGAGGUAGAUAGGCAAUCAUUAGGAUCUCAAGACAGAGGAGGGUUUCCCCCAACUCCACCUCCGCCGCCACCUUACCACAGAGGAGACAUACAUUGUCAUUCAAGGAGAUACUGA